AUGGCGAAAGAACCGCUCGUAAAUAACUUUGAAGUUCCCUCAUGGGCAGGUAAACCACCAUCAGGGCUUCAUUUGGAUGUGUUAAAGGAAGGAAAAAUGAUUCAGAAACUUAUGAUAGAUGAAAAAAAAUGUUACUUCUUUGGUAGAAACAAACAGCUUUGUGACUUUUGUAUUGAUCAUGCAUCCUGUUCUCGAGUUCAUGCUGCCCUUGUAUGGCAUAAACACCUUGCUCGCCCUUUCAUCAUGGAUCUUGGCAGCACUCAUGGCACAUAUAUUGGCCAUAUCCGACUUGAAUCAAAGAAACCCCAGCAAGUUCCUAUUGAUAGUGAAAUACAUUUUGGUGCUUCAACGCGAAUAUAUAUGAUCAGAGAACGUCCACAGCCUGUCAGUAAUCUUGGGGGUUCUGAAGAAAUGGAAAAGAGAAAUGAUGACAUUGAAGGUGGACUCUUAGGACUUCCUGAAUCAGAAACAGAAUUAGAUAAUUUGACUGAAUUUAACACAGCUCACAACCGUAGAAUAGCUUCCCUUGUAGAUAUUCCUGAUCAUAGUGUACCAAAUCCUUUGAAGAGAAAACGGAAAAGUACACAUGUUAUAUUCAGAGAUGAAGAUGAGAUUAUUAAUCCAGAAGACAUUGAUCCAACAGUGGGCAAAUUCAGGAAUUUGGUUCAGACUUCAAUCAUCCCAAGCAAACGAAGCAAAGUGGAAGCAAGCACUGGUUCCAGCAACAUGGGAGUGGAACCUUCAAAGCGCUCAACCAAUUUUCCUUUCAAUACUCCCAGCUUAUAUGGUGAUCUGCCUCCAGGAGGCACCACAGAUGGUCAAAUUGGUGGGACUGGUUCAUACAGCAUAGCUGCAAAGUUAGGAUUGCCUAUCCCCAACCUUGCUCCAAAUUUAGAAGAGGAGGAGACAGUUGUACCUGUUGUAAAGCCAAAUCCAGUUGUGCUAAAUGCAGAAGAAAGUACAAAGGAACCCAAAAAGAAGAAGUAUGCAAAAGAGGCUUGGCCUGGAAAGAAACCUCUGCCUACACUGCUUGUCUAA